GACAUUUUUUCAAGAAAAAAUUGAGUAAAUAAUCUCCAAAUAUGAAAGAGAUAUAUGUAAACAAUCUCACAUGAAAUCAAAAAGAUUUUUUUUCAGUUACUCAAUGCAUCAAAAGAGAAAUGAAAUGAAAUUUUGGUGGUGGCAAUUCAUCAUAUUCCUUGAAGUGUCUAUAGUUACAUCGUUGGCAGAAGCUCAGCAGAACAACAGCAUCCCAGUGACUCACAGUGAUUGCGAAUUGAAAAUAUAUAGCUGUACCAAACUCGUCAAACCUAUGUUGAACGACGUCAGAUACAUGUUCCCUACGACACUCAGUGACGUUGAUGCCAUGUGCAAGAUGUGGAGCCGUUUUGUGGAUUGUGUGAGAAGAUACAUGUCCUCUUGCUCGACUGAAGACCAGCGGUCAAAAUUUAACAAAGCGGUUAGUCACUCAAUGGACACAGUCCAUCAGAUUUGUAGCUCUGAUCGACAUCAAAAAGAUUAUUUGGAAAGUGCUCACUGUUUCCGUCGUGUUUCAGUCCACAGUUGUGGCCGGUACUAUCGACCUCUUGUGGCACAGGUAGCUAACCGAGAAGCAGAGGACACUCACAUCUGCUGUGCAUAUGGUCAAUUCAAAAGCUGUGUUAGUGCUCCACUGUUAAGGAAUUGUGGCAUAAAAGUUCAUGCUCUAUUAGAUCAUUCCCUAUCUUAUCUUGUAAGCAGAUGUAGUAACACAUUUUAUCCAUUAUCAUAUCACUGUCCAACUGCUCCCCCACCAUCGCCGCUGACAUCAGUGAGGACUACCACUCCGCUGCCACCUCCUCCAUCUACAGAGACUUUACCAGCAGAGCUCACUGACACAUCCACUAGUUCUGUGAGUAAAGCUAGGACCAUCAUUUAUACCCUACCACCUACACAAGACAGUAGAACUUCUGCGGCAUCUCCAGGUCUUAGCUAUUGGUGUACAGCUAAACUUUGGGCCAUGUCAAUUUUUUGGAUUUCAGUGAUGUUUUAGAAUUGCCCAUUAGUUGCAGAAUCCCAUUUGCAAUGCCACUUCAUUGGUUUCAUCCACUAAACUGAAUGGAUUAUUGUUCACUGCCUUCUGUUUUAUUCAUUUAUUUAAUUAUGAUAGGCUUUAUUAUGCUUAUUUCUCUAAUUUAUUCAAAUCAGAAAAUGUGUCGAGUUCAUGGAUUGAAAUUCUGGGAAAACAGACCUGACGUCACAAAUUAAGAAAAAAAAAUAAUAAUAAUAAAUUUUAACAUUAGUUUCAAAUUUAGCAGACUAAAGACUCUAGCAUUUUUCAAAUCUCUAAGCAUACUAAAAUGAUUGCGAUGUAUUAAUAUUAAAGAAUGUUUAAAAACUUAAACAGAACUAAAAAUUUGAAAUUAUUUUAUUUUAUUUUUAAUGUGGAAAAAGUUGAUUUAUAUAAAUGCUAAGCAGCUAUUUUCUCCGGAUGUUUUAACUCUGUAACCUUUGAUUUUGAACCAGAUCGAAAAGACGAGGAAAUCAAGGGGUAAAUGAGGUUAACCCGCAGCUGCCUUUUAUAGCUUAGAAAAUCCCGAAAUGUUCCAAUUGAUAGCCUAACAGCCCUGCUCUAAACCACGUAGCUAUGUACCAAGGGAAUAUUUUAUGUCAGAACUGUGGUCUGUGCCGGCGGGUAUAUAAUUGAAGUAAAGCAAAUAGGGUUGGUAUUAAAACCUGAGUUUAUCAUGAGGCAAUAUUGAUCCAACUAAAUGUUUUUUGCAAUAAAAUUGAAUAAAAUAAAUAGCUACACAAAAACUAUUUUUAUUUACUUUACAGAGCUUCAGAAAAUGACAUCGCAAGAAUAAAUACUUGAGCCUAACUCUGGACGGCAUGGAUUUAAUUAUAAUCAGAUUCUUAUAAAAGUUAAACGAAGGUUCUAAUUUUCUUUUCGAAGAAAAUCAAAAAGAUACGUGGGGGAACGUUUGAGUCAUAGUAUUGCGAACUACAAAAUUAAUCGCUUACGCACAGUCAGAACAAUUUUUUUCUCAUUGGUGGAAAUUCUUAAAGAUAUUUUUCGAAGAAAUUUAAUUAUUAAAAAUAUUCGAAAUUUUCAUAGAAGUUAAAACUUUGUUCUUUGUCUUAGAAAAAAUGUUUUCACUAUACAUAAUUGGGUGUAAAUUUAUGUUUCCAAAUUGUGUACCUUAGUGAAAGAUAGAUAAAUAAAUUAUGAAGAAAAAUAUUUAUAUAACUAUUGUAAAAACUUGUAUUCAUUAUAAGGGGAAAAAUAUUUAUGCAUCAAUUUAUGUUUUAAGUAAGUACAAAUUUUUAUGUCUCUCUAUCACAUUAAGUAAUAAGUUUGUUAAUCACAGUUUUAUAUUUUAUAAAUAUUUUCUUCAUUUAUGUGUAUGUUAGAAUUAGAAUUGCAGGAAUAAAAAAUAUGUAAAUAUAGAUGA